UCCGGUGUGUGUGUUGCUCUUUCGACAAAGUAUUUUCCGAUGACAAUCGUGUACAAAAGCAAAUGCGCGUGAGUUUUAUUUGAAAUUCACAGCAAUGUAUCGGUCACAGUGUGUGGUGGUUGAUUCAAAAUAUCGUGAAAGGUGAUCGUUGCUAACAGAAUUUUCACACGAAAGAUCAGCGGCAGACAUCGCGGGAUAUAUUGUAGUUGGAUAUUAUGCUAAUCACGUUACGGUCAGAAUGCGGGAGGAAGAACUCGAGAUAUCACUCAAGGUGGUGAUAGUCGGCAACGGUGCCGUAGGAAAAUCAUCGAUGAUCCAAAGGUUUUGCAAAGGUACAUACACGAGGGAUUACAAGAAAACGAUCGGUGUCGAUUUUUUGGAACGGGAGAUCGAGGUGGACGGCGAGGACGUAAGACUGAUGCUCUGGGACACUGCGGGCCAGGAGGAAUUCGACGCAAUCACCGCAGCUUAUUAUCGUGGCGCCCAUGCCUGCGUCCUUGCUUAUUCAGCCACUGACAGAGAUUCCUUCGACGCCAUUCCUUCGUGGAAGCUGAAGGUGGAGAACGAGUGCGGUGAAAUUCCCACGGUGCUUGUACAGAACAAGAUGGACCUGGUUGAUCAGUGCGUGAUUGAUCCGGACGAAGCCGAGAGGCUAGGCCGCGCGUUGGGUUGCAAACUUCUGAGGACGUCCGUGAAAGAGGACGUCGGAGUCAUGAGCGUCUUCCGGCAUCUCGCGUCACGAUGUCUCCACGAGAUGCGCCGCUGCGACGACGAUUAUCAAGACGACCUGAAAUUAUACUCUUCUACGGGGCCCAGAUCACCUUCUCUAAUAAGUGCUUUUAGUCCGAACGGAUCCGCAUGUGGCCGGAGUACAGGGAACGGUACCAUUGUUUUGCGGCCAGGAGUCAAGACAAAAAAUCACAAGAAACGAAAUUUCGUGAAAAAUGCUUGCAGGCUACUUUAGUUUUUUGCAUGGACAAAAUAGAAGUGUGUCAAAAGCUCUGACGAAUAUACUCCAACGGUGUAUCGUGACUGAUAUUCAUAUUUAUGAAAAUAUAAAUAUCCUAUGGUCGAUUCGGCAACGAUACACUAAUUGGUCUAAUGAUUCAUAAUAAUUAAUUAGGCACAACGUUGUGCAUCAGGAUCGUGAUCAAAGAAUGAAUGCGCUGUAUGAUUUGUCACCGAAUAGUGUUGAUAUUAUAUCAGUCAAUUUGUGAUAUACAUUCACAUUAACAAACAAUUAUUCAAGUACUGCUCCGAUACAUGUUCUGCUUAAAUUCGCUUUAACGGUACAUUGAAUAAUUAACAUUAUCAUAAACAAAACCAUACAAUUUAACAUUGUUUAAAAUUUUCAAUUCGUACAACCGACAACAAAUUUUAAUUGCUUAAGGUUAAUAAUUUUUCAUUCCGAACACAAAAUUCUCGUGUCGUUUUUUCGAAAAAUAUUUUAUCUUACACUUGAAUAUCUUCUCAUAACUGCGUCGAAAAGCUUAAAUCGUCCUUCGUGUUUUGUAAAUAUAUUAAUUUGUAUGUGUUAAAGACGAACGUUAAGGAAGAUGAGUAUAGUAUUCAUUUUUUUGUAUACAUUCAGUCAAGAUAUAAUUGUAACGAAUCAUCAGUUUAGGUAAUAUAUGGUAAUUUUUUAAUCAAGUAUAAAUAUUCCAUCGAGUAGAAUAUUUAAAACUAAAAUUAAUUUAAAUCGCCUCGAAUUCGUAGAAAAUAUUAUUCUAGACGUUAAUUUAUGUGUAAACAGAUAUCAAUAUAAUAGCUAACCAAAUAUACUAGUUUCUAAGGGAAAAAAUAUAUUAUGUCAAAAGAAAAUACUUUUUCAUCCACAGUAAACGCAUAAAAUAAAUAAAAAUAAAGCGUUACGAUUUUUAAACAGUUUCUUUUAAUCAGUACCUUAAAAAGCAUUGAAGAAGCAUACAA